AUGAUUGAUCAGCAAACAACGGUUGCAACAAGCAAAUCGAUUGAAACAAGCAGUUUGGUCUCAUUUGUCGGAAGAAUUGUUGCUAUUGGUGACAUUACAACAAUGGUUGGAUGUGCUAAUUGCGAGAAAUGGACAGAUGACAAUGGCAAGAAAAUUUUGGAAUGUCAACACUGUUUUAAACAUUUUAAUGGAAUGUUGCAAACACAAAGUCGAAGCAUUAUGGUGACAACGAAAGGUAGUUUUAAUGGCUCUAUCCUAAAUUUAACAGAGAAGUCAAAAUUUGAUUCAUCUGAAGCUUAUUAUGGUGGAAAAAAUGCAGGUAUGGGUCCAGUUGGAAAGAAAAACAACUUUUCACUGUUUUUGAUUAUAAAAAAGAAAAAUAAGAAAGAUGAUGA